UAUUUGGUGAAAUACAGGGAAUUUGGCGCAUCCUUUUCUCAAGGUUUUCCAGAUCGACCGAGUCUCUCAUUUCAAUUGUAUAAUGCGAACUCCGGCCACCGAGGCUGGUCUUUUCUUCUUUUGAAUUCAAUUCACACCAAAACAGAAUUUCCGGAGACUUCAUUCAACCAUGAGAUUCCAUAUUUCAUCUGCAAUUUUCCCCUUUCUGUUCAUUUCUCUUCUUCUUCUAAACACAGCUUCCCUCUACAGAGCUGAAGUCUUAACCCUAACUGCCGACACCUUCUCCGAUAAGAUAAAGGAAAAGGAUACUGCUUGGUUUGUGAAGUUUUGUGUUCCUUGGUGCAAGCAUUGCAAGAAUUUAGGAUCAUUAUGGGAGGAUCUGGGGAAGGCAAUGGAAGGUGAGGAUGAAAUCGAGGUUGGGGAAGUUGAUUGUGGUUCUAACAAACCAGUUUGUUCUAAAGUUGAUAUUCAUUCAUAUCCUACAUUUAAGCUUUUCUAUGAAGGGGAAGAAGUUGCAAAGUAUAAAGGGCCAAGAGAUGUUGAAUCUCUCAGAAUCUUUGCUCUUGAAGAAUCUGAAAAGGCAGCAGAAAAAGCAGAGCAGGACAGUGACAAAGAAUUGUGAUGAUAGGUAGGACAGAUCUUUAAGUUAUUCAGAGUAGUUCUUUGCCCAUUCCCUCAAGAUUCCACUCACAUCGUGCACCAAUAUUUGAUGAACAUUUUUUAUUUUGACAAUCAAAUAGAUUCUUUUUGAUGCAGUGUUGGACUAUGUACACUUGAUGCUCUUGGCAUCCAGAAACAAUGAAUCUAGUUGUUCGUGAACUCUACCAUUGAUCAUCAUGGUCCUAUUUGCACUAUGAUUAGAAUGCUAAAAUUUGGAUAGAGAUUUGGACCAUGAUCUCGGUGACAUUGUUUGCUCCCCCUUCUGUUUAGACUUCUUUUUCUGACGUUUAUUGUCUGGCUGCCUUUUCGGUUGGGAUAUGCCAAAGAGAGGUAACAAAGAUAAGAAGUAGGGAAUUUUGUACUUAAUAGGUUGAUUAUAUAUAUACCUUAACCUUACAUUAUAUGCAAACUAUUUAUUUGAAACGUUGGUGUUUAUUUC